AAAUUCCAACGGAAAAGAUUGAGGAAAUCCAAGUAAUAGAAGUUGAUCAAGGCGCUACACUUGAAAUAACGGUAACUUUAUCUCGCGAAAUAAAGGACGUGAAAUGGAAAAAGGAUGAAACGGAAAUAUUGGAGGAUGAUAGGGUGAAAUUUGUACAACAAGGGGUCGUUUAUAAAUUGGUCGUAUCUAAGGUAGACCACGAAGAUAAAGGAAUAUACAGCUUGGAAUUCGAAGGGAAAAAAGUCAAAACACGAGUCAUUAUAAAUGAAAUACCGGUGGAAAAAUUGGAAGAGGUGAACAUUGUAGAAAUCGAAGAGGGAAGUCGAUUAGAUUUAGCAGUCACAUUGCCCCGUAAAGUCGAUACAGUAACUUGGAAGAAGGACGAGACAGAGAUUUUAAAAGACGAUCGAAUAUCCUUCCAACCAGAAGGGGUAGUUCAAAAAUUAGUGAUAUCUAAAGUGGUUCCAGAGGAUAAAGGUGUGUACGCUUUAGAAUUCGAGGGCGAACAAGUUAAAACGGAAGUGGUGGUCAAAGAAAUUCCAACGGAAAAGAUUGAGGAAAUCCAAGUAAUAGAAGUUGAUCAAGGCGCUACACUUGAAAUAACGGUAACUUUAUCUCGCGAAAUAAAGGACGUGAAAUGGAAAAAGGAUGAAACGGAAAUAUUGGAGGAUGAUAGGGUGAAAUUUGUACAACAAGGGGUCGUUUAUAAAUUGGUCGUAUCUAAGGUAGACCACGAAGAUAAAGGAAUAUACAGCUUGGAAUUCGAAGGGAAAAAAGUCAAAACACGAGUCAUUAUAAAUGAAAUACCGGUGGAAAAAUUGGAAGAGGUGAACAUUGUAGAAAUCGAAGAGGGAAGUCGAUUAGAUUUAGCAGUCACAUUGCCCCGUAAAGUCGAUACAGUAACUUGGAAGAAGGACGAGACAGAGAUUUUAAAAGACGAUCGAAUAUCCUUCCAACCAGAAGGGGUAGUUCAAAAAUUAGUGAUAUCUAAAGUGGUUCCAGAGGAUAAAGGUGUGUACGCUUUAGAAUUCGAGGGCGAACAAGUUAAAACGGAAGUGGUGGUCAAAGAAAUUCCAACGGAAAAGAUUGAGGAAAUCCAAGUAAUAGAAGUUGAUCAAGGCGCUACACUUGAAAUAACGGUAACUUUAUCUCGCGAAAUAAAGGACGUGAAAUGGAAAAAGGAUGAAACGGAAAUAUUGGAGGAUGAUAGGGUGAAAUUUGUACAACAAGGGGUCGUUUAUAAAUUGGUCGUAUCUAAGGUAGACCACGAAGAUAAAGGAAUAUACAGCUUGGAAUUCGAAGGGAAAAAAGUCAAAACACGAGUCAUUAUAAAUGAAAUACCGGUGGAAAAAUUGGAAGAGGUGAACAUUGUAGAAAUCGAAGAGGGAAGUCGAUUAGAUUUAGCAGUCACAUUGCCCCGUAAAGUCGAUACAGUAACUUGGAAGAAGGACGAGACAGAGAUUUUAAAAGACGAUCGAAUAUCCUUCCAACCAGAAGGGGUAGUUCAAAAAUUAGUGAUAUCUAAAGUGGUUCCAGAGGAUAAAGGUGUGUACGCUUUAGAAUUCGAGGGCGAACAAGUUAAAACGGAAGUGGUGGUCAAAGAAAUUCCAACGGAAAAGAUUGAGGAAAUCCAAGUAAUAGAAGUUGAUCAAGGCGCUACACUUGAAAUAACGGUAACUUUAUCUCGCGAAAUAAAGGACGUGAAAUGGAAAAAGGAUGAAACGGAAAUAUUGGAGGAUGAUAGGGUGAAAUUUGUACAACAAGGGGUCGUUUAUAAAUUGGUCGUAUCUAAGGUAGACCACGAAGAUAAAGGAAUAUACAGCUUGGAAUUCGAAGGGAAAAAAGUCAAAACACGAGUCAUUAUAAAUGAAAUACCGGUGGAAAAAUUGGAAGAGGUGAACAUUGUAGAAAUCGAAGAGGGAAGUCGAUUAGAUUUAGCAGUCACAUUGCCCCGUAAAGUCGAUACAGUAACUUGGAAGAAGGACGAGACAGAGAUUUUAAAAGACGAUCGAAUAUCCUUCCAACCAGAAGGGGUAGUUCAAAAAUUAGUGAUAUCUAAAGUGGUUCCAGAGGAUAAAGGUGUGUACGCUUUAGAAUUCGAGGGCGAACAAGUUAAAACGGAAGUGGUGGUCAAAGAAAUUCCAACGGAAAAGAUUGAGGAAAUCCAAGUAAUAGAAGUUGAUCAAGGCGCUACACUUGAAAUAACGGUAACUUUAUCUCGCGAAAUAAAGGACGUGAAAUGGAAAAAGGAUGAAACGGAAAUAUUGGAGGAUGAUAGGGUGAAAUUUGUACAACAAGGGGUCGUUUAUAAAUUGGUCGUAUCUAAGGUAGACCACGAAGAUAAAGGAAUAUACAGCUUGGAAUUCGAAGGGAAAAAAGUCAAAACACGAGUCAUUAUAAAUGAAAUACCGGUGGAAAAAUUGGAAGAGGUGAACAUUGUAGAAAUCGAAGAGGGAAGUCGAUUAGAUUUAGCAGUCACAUUGCCCCGUAAAGUCGAUACAGUAACUUGGAAGAAGGACGAGACAGAGAUUUUAAAAGACGAUCGAAUAUCCUUCCAACCAGAAGGGGUAGUUCAAAAAUUAGUGAUAUCUAAAGUGGUUCCAGAGGAUAAAGGUGUGUACGCUUUAGAAUUCGAGGGCGAACAAGUUAAAACGGAAGUGGUGGUCAAAGAAAUUCCAACGGAAAAGAUUGAGGAAAUCCAAGUAAUAGAAGUUGAUCAAGGCGCUACACUUGAAAUAACGGUAACUUUAUCUCGCGAAAUAAAGGACGUGAAAUGGAAAAAGGAUGAAACGGAAAUAUUGGAGGAUGAUAGGGUGAAAUUUGUACAACAAGGGGUCGUUUAUAAAUUGGUCGUAUCUAAGGUAGACCACGAAGAUAAAGGAAUAUACAGCUUGGAAUUCGAAGGGAAAAAAGUCAAAACACGAGUCAUUAUAAAUGAAAUACCGGUGGAAAAAUUGGAAGAGGUGAACAUUGUAGAAAUCGAAGAGGGAAGUCGAUUAGAUUUAGCAGUCACAUUGCCCCGUAAAGUCGAUACAGUAACUUGGAAGAAGGACGAGACAGAGAUUUUAAAAGACGAUCGAAUAUCCUUCCAACCAGAAGGGGUAGUUCAAAAAUUAGUGAUAUCUAAAGUGGUUCCAGAGGAUAAAGGUGUGUACGCUUUAGAAUUCGAGGGCGAACAAGUUAAAACGGAAGUGGUGGUCAAAGAAAUUCCAACGGAAAAGAUUGAGGAAAUCCAAGUAAUAGAAGUUGAUCAAGGCGCUACACUUGAAAUAACGGUAACUUUAUCUCGCGAAAUAAAGGACGUGAAAUGGAAAAAGGAUGAAACGGAAAUAUUGGAGGAUGAUAGGGUGAAAUUUGUACAACAAGGGGUCGUUUAUAAAUUGGUCGUAUCUAAGGUAGACCACGAAGAUAAAGGAAUAUACAGCUUGGAAUUCGAAGGGAAAAAAGUCAAAACACGAGUCAUUAUAAAUGAAAUACCGGUGGAAAAAUUGGAAGAGGUGAACAUUGUAGAAAUCGAAGAGGGAAGUCGAUUAGAUUUAGCAGUCACAUUGCCCCGUAAAGUCGAUACAGUAACUUGGAAGAAGGACGAGACAGAGAUUUUAAAAGACGAUCGAAUAUCCUUCCAACCAGAAGGGGUAGUUCAAAAAUUAGUGAUAUCUAAAGUGGUUCCAGAGGAUAAAGGUGUGUACGCUUUAGAAUUCGAGGGCGAACAAGUUAAAACGGAAGUGGUGGUCAAAGAAAUUCCAACGGAAAAGAUUGAGGAAAUCCAAGUAAUAGAAGUUGAUCAAGGCGCUACACUUGAAAUAACGGUAACUUUAUCUCGCGAAAUAAAGGACGUGAAAUGGAAAAAGGAUGAAACGGAAAUAUUGGAGGAUGAUAGGGUGAAAUUUGUACAACAAGGGGUCGUUUAUAAAUUGGUCGUAUCUAAGGUAGACCACGAAGAUAAAGGAAUAUACAGCUUGGAAUUCGAAGGGAAAAAAGUCAAAACACGAGUCAUUAUAAAUGAAAUACCGGUGGAAAAAUUGGAAGAGGUGAACAUUGUAGAAAUCGAAGAGGGAAGUCGAUUAGAUUUAGCAGUCACAUUGCCCCGUAAAGUCGAUACAGUAACUUGGAAGAAGGACGAGACAGAGAUUUUAAAAGACGAUCGAAUAUCCUUCCAACCAGAAGGGGUAGUUCAAAAAUUAGUGAUAUCUAAAGUGGUUCCAGAGGAUAAAGGUGUGUACGCUUUAGAAUUCGAGGGCGAACAAGUUAAAACGGAAGUGGUGGUCAAAGAAAUUCCAACGGAAAAGAUUGAGGAAAUCCAAGUAAUAGAAGUUGAUCAAGGCGCUACACUUGAAAUAACGGUAACUUUAUCUCGCGAAAUAAAGGACGUGAAAUGGAAAAAGGAUGAAACGGAAAUAUUGGAGGAUGAUAGGGUGAAAUUUGUACAACAAGGGGUCGUUUAUAAAUUGGUCGUAUCUAAGGUAGACCACGAAGAUAAAGGAAUAUACAGCUUGGAAUUCGAAGGGAAAAAAGUCAAAACACGAGUCAUUAUAAAUGAAAUACCGGUGGAAAAAUUGGAAGAGGUGAACAUUGUAGAAAUCGAAGAGGGAAGUCGAUUAGAUUUAGCAGUCACAUUGCCCCGUAAAGUCGAUACAGUAACUUGGAAGAAGGACGAGACAGAGAUUUUAAAAGACGAUCGAAUAUCCUUCCAACCAGAAGGGGUAGUUCAAAAAUUAGUGAUAUCUAAAGUGGUUCCAGAGGAUAAAGGUGUGUACGCUUUAGAAUUCGAGGGCGAACAAGUUAAAACGGAAGUGGUGGUCAAAGAAAUUCCAACGGAAAAGAUUGAGGAAAUCCAAGUAAUAGAAGUUGAUCAAGGCGCUACACUUGAAAUAACGGUAACUUUAUCUCGCGAAAUAAAGGACGUGAAAUGGAAAAAGGAUGAAACGGAAAUAUUGGAGGAUGAUAGGGUGAAAUUUGUACAACAAGGGGUCGUUUAUAAAUUGGUCGUAUCUAAGGUAGACCACGAAGAUAAAGGAAUAUACAGCUUGGAAUUCGAAGGGAAAAAAGUCAAAACACGAGUCAUUAUAAAUGAAAUACCGGUGGAAAAAUUGGAAGAGGUGAACAUUGUAGAAAUCGAAGAGGGAAGUCGAUUAGAUUUAGCAGUCACAUUGCCCCGUAAAGUCGAUACAGUAACUUGGAAGAAGGACGAGACAGAGAUUUUAAAAGACGAUCGAAUAUCCUUCCAACCAGAAGGGGUAGUUCAAAAAUUAGUGAUAUCUAAAGUGGUUCCAGAGGAUAAAGGUGUGUACGCUUUAGAAUUCGAGGGCGAACAAGUUAAAACGGAAGUGGUGGUCAAAGAAAUUCCAACGGAAAAGAUUGAGGAAAUCCAAGUAAUAGAAGUUGAUCAAGGCGCUACACUUGAAAUAACGGUAACUUUAUCUCGCGAAAUAAAGGACGUGAAAUGGAAAAAGGAUGAAACGGAAAUAUUGGAGGAUGAUAGGGUGAAAUUUGUACAACAAGGGGUCGUUUAUAAAUUGGUCGUAUCUAAGGUAGACCACGAAGAUAAAGGAAUAUACAGCUUGGAAUUCGAAGGGAAAAAAGUCAAAACACGAGUCAUUAUAAAUGAAAUACCGGUGGAAAAAUUGGAAGAGGUGAACAUUGUAGAAAUCGAAGAGGGAAGUCGAUUAGAUUUAGCAGUCACAUUGCCCCGUAAAGUCGAUACAGUAACUUGGAAGAAGGACGAGACAGAGAUUUUAAAAGACGAUCGAAUAUCCUUCCAACCAGAAGGGGUAGUUCAAAAAUUAGUGAUAUCUAAAGUGGUUCCAGAGGAUAAAGGUGUGUACGCUUUAGAAUUCGAGGGCGAACAAGUUAAAACGGAAGUGGUGGUCAAAGAAAUUCCAACGGAAAAGAUUGAGGAAAUCCAAGUAAUAGAAGUUGAUCAAGGCGCUACACUUGAAAUAACGGUAACUUUAUCUCGCGAAAUAAAGGACGUGAAAUGGAAAAAGGAUGAAACGGAAAUAUUGGAGGAUGAUAGGGUGAAAUUUGUACAACAAGGGGUCGUUUAUAAAUUGGUCGUAUCUAAGGUAGACCACGAAGAUAAAGGAAUAUACAGCUUGGAAUUCGAAGGGAAAAAAGUCAAAACACGAGUCAUUAUAAAUGAAAUACCGGUGGAAAAAUUGGAAGAGGUGAACAUUGUAGAAAUCGAAGAGGGAAGUCGAUUAGAUUUAGCAGUCACAUUGCCGCGUAAAGUCGAUACAGUAACUUGGAAGAAGGACGAGACAGAGAUUUUAAAAGACGAUCGAAUAUCCUUCCAACCAGAAGGGGUAGUUCAAAAAUUAGUGAUAUCUAAAGUGGUUCCAGAGGAUAAAGGUGUGUACGCUUUAGAAUUCGAGGGCGAACAAGUUAAAACGGAAGUGGUGGUCAAAGAAAUUCCAACGGAAAAGAUUGAGGAAAUCCAAGUAAUAGAAGUUGAUCAAGGCGCUACACUUGAAAUAACGGUAACUUUAUCUCGCGAAAUAAAGGACGUGAAAUGGAAAAAGGAUGAAACGGAAAUAUUGGAGGAUGAUAGGGUGAAAUUUGUACAACAAGGGGUCGUUUAUAAAUUGGUCGUAUCUAAGGUAGACCACGAAGAUAAAGGAAUAUACAGCUUGGAAUUCGAAGGGAAAAAAGUCAAAACACGAGUCAUUAUAAAUGAAAUACCGGUGGAAAAAUUGGAAGAGGUGAACAUUGUAGAAAUCGAAGAGGGAAGUCGAUUAGAUUUAGCAGUCACAUUGCCGCGUAAAGUCGAUACAGUAACUUGGAAGAAGGACGAGACAGAGAUUUUAAAAGACGAUCGAAUAUCCUUCCAACCAGAAGGGGUAGUUCAAAAAUUAGUGAUAUCUAAAGUGGUUCCAGAGGAUAAAGGUGUGUACGCUUUAGAAUUCGAGGGCGAACAAGUUAAAACGGAAGUGGUGGUCAAAGAAAUUCCAACGGAAAAGAUUGAGGAAAUCCAAGUAAUAGAAGUUGAUCAAGGCGCUACACUUGAAAUAACGGUAACUUUAUCUCGCGAAAUAAAGGACGUGAAAUGGAAAAAGGAUGAAACGGAAAUAUUGGAGGAUGAUAGGGUGAAAUUUGUACAACAAGGGGUCGUUUAUAAAUUGGUCGUAUCUAAGGUAGACCACGAAGAUAAAGGAAUAUACAGCUUGGAAUUCGAAGGGAAAAAAGUCAAAACACGAGUCAUUAUAAAUGAAAUACCGGUGGAAAAAUUGGAAGAGGUGAACAUUGUAGAAAUCGAAGAGGGAAGUCGAUUAGAUUUAGCAGUCACAUUGCCCCGUAAAGUCGAUACAGUAACUUGGAAGAAGGACGAGACAGAGAUUUUAAAAGACGAUCGAAUAUCCUUCCAACCAGAAGGGGUAGUUCAAAAAUUAGUGAUAUCUAAAGUGGUUCCAGAGGAUAAAGGUGUGUACGCUUUAGAAUUCGAGGGCGAACAAGUUAAAACGGAAGUGGUGGUCAAAGAAAUUCCAACGGAAAAGAUUGAGGAAAUCCAAGUAAUAGAAGUUGAUCAAGGCGCUACACUUGAAAUAACGGUAACUUUAUCUCGCGAAAUAAAGGACGUGAAAUGGAAAAAGGAUGAAACGGAAAUAUUGGAGGAUGAUAGGGUGAAAUUUGUACAACAAGGGGUCGUUUAUAAAUUGGUCGUAUCUAAGGUAGACCACGAAGAUAAAGGAAUAUACAGCUUGGAAUUCGAAGGGAAAAAAGUCAAAACACGAGUCAUUAUAAAUGAAAUACCGGUGGAAAAAUUGGAAGAGGUGAACAUUGUAGAAAUCGAAGAGGGAAGUCGAUUAGAUUUAGCAGUCACAUUGCCCCGUAAAGUCGAUACAGUAACUUGGAAGAAGGACGAGACAGAGAUUUUAAAAGACGAUCGAAUAUCCUUCCAACCAGAAGGGGUAGUUCAAAAAUUAGUGAUAUCUAAAGUGGUUCCAGAGGAUAAAGGUGUGUACGCUUUAGAAUUCGAGGGCGAACAAGUUAAAACGGAAGUGGUGGUCAAAGAAAUUCCAACGGAAAAGAUUGAGGAAAUCCAAGUAAUAGAAGUUGAUCAAGGCGCUACACUUGAAAUAACGGUAACUUUAUCUCGCGAAAUAAAGGACGUGAAAUGGAAAAAGGAUGAAACGGAAAUAUUGGAGGAUGAUAGGGUGAAAUUUGUACAACAAGGGGUCGUUUAUAAAUUGGUCGUAUCUAAGGUAGACCACGAAGAUAAAGGAAUAUACAGCUUGGAAUUCGAAGGGAAAAAAGUCAAAACACGAGUCAUUAUAAAUGAAAUACCGGUGGAAAAAUUGGAAGAGGUGAACAUUGUAGAAAUCGAAGAGGGAAGUCGAUUAGAUUUAGCAGUCACAUUGCCCCGUAAAGUCGAUACAGUAACUUGGAAGAAGGACGAGACAGAGAUUUUAAAAGACGAUCGAAUAUCCUUCCAACCAGAAGGGGUAGUUCAAAAAUUAGUGAUAUCUAAAGUGGUUCCAGAGGAUAAAGGUGUGUACGCUUUAGAAUUCGAGGGCGAACAAGUUAAAACGGAAGUGGUGGUCAAAGAAAUUCCAACGGAAAAGAUUGAGGAAAUCCAAGUAAUAGAAGUUGAUCAAGGCGCUACACUUGAAAUAACGGUAACUUUAUCUCGCGAAAUAAAGGACGUGAAAUGGAAAAAGGAUGAAACGGAAAUAUUGGAGGAUGAUAGGGUGAAAUUUGUACAACAAGGGGUCGUUUAUAAAUUGGUCGUAUCUAAGGUAGACCACGAAGAUAAAGGAAUAUACAGCUUGGAAUUCGAAGGGAAAAAAGUCAAAACACGAGUCAUUAUAAAUGAAAUACCGGUGGAAAAAUUGGAAGAGGUGAACAUUGUAGAAAUCGAAGAGGGAAGUCGAUUAGAUUUAGCAGUCACAUUGCCCCGUAAAGUCGAUACAGUAACUUGGAAGAAGGACGAGACAGAGAUUUUAAAAGACGAUCGAAUAUCCUUCCAACCAGAAGGGGUAGUUCAAAAAUUAGUGAUAUCUAAAGUGGUUCCAGAGGAUAAAGGUGUGUACGCUUUAGAAUUCGAGGGCGAACAAGUUAAAACGGAAGUGGUGGUCAAAGAAAUUCCAACGGAAAAGAUUGAGGAAAUCCAAGUAAUAGAAGUUGAUCAAGGCGCUACACUUGAAAUAACGGUAACUUUAUCUCGCGAAAUAAAGGACGUGAAAUGGAAAAAGGAUGAAACGGAAAUAUUGGAGGAUGAUAGGGUGAAAUUUGUACAACAAGGGGUCGUUUAUAAAUUGGUCGUAUCUAAGGUAGACCACGAAGAUAAAGGAAUAUACAGCUUGGAAUUCGAAGGGAAAAAAGUCAAAACACGAGUCAUUAUAAAUGAAAUACCGGUGGAAAAAUUGGAAGAGGUGAACAUUGUAGAAAUCGAAGAGGGAAGUCGAUUAGAUUUAGCAGUCACAUUGCCCCGUAAAGUCGAUACAGUAACUUGGAAGAAGGACGAGACAGAGAUUUUAAAAGACGAUCGAAUAUCCUUCCAACCAGAAGGGGUAGUUCAAAAAUUAGUGAUAUCUAAAGUGGUUCCAGAGGAUAAAGGUGUGUACGCUUUAGAAUUCGAGGGCGAACAAGUUAAAACGGAAGUGGUGGUCAAAGAAAUUCCAACGGAAAAGAUUGAGGAAAUCCAAGUAAUAGAAGUUGAUCAAGGCGCUACACUUGAAAUAACGGUAACUUUAUCUCGCGAAAUAAAGGACGUGAAAUGGAAAAAGGAUGAAACGGAAAUAUUGGAGGAUGAUAGGGUGAAAUUUGUACAACAAGGGGUCGUUUAUAAAUUGGUCGUAUCUAAGGUAGACCACGAAGAUAAAGGAAUAUACAGCUUGGAAUUCGAAGGGAAAAAAGUCAAAACACGAGUCAUUAUAAAUGAAAUACCGGUGGAAAAAUUGGAAGAGGUGAACAUUGUAGAAAUCGAAGAGGGAAGUCGAUUAGAUUUAGCAGUCACAUUGCCCCGUAAAGUCGAUACAGUAACUUGGAAGAAGGACGAGACAGAGAUUUUAAAAGACGAUCGAAUAUCCUUCCAACCAGAAGGGGUAGUUCAAAAAUUAGUGAUAUCUAAAGUGGUUCCAGAGGAUAAAGGUGUGUACGCUUUAGAAUUCGAGGGCGAACAAGUUAAAACGGAAGUGGUGGUCAAAGAAAUUCCAACGGAAAAGAUUGAGGAAAUCCAAGUAAUAGAAGUUGAUCAAGGCGCUACACUUGAAAUAACGGUAACUUUAUCUCGCGAAAUAAAGGACGUGAAAUGGAAAAAGGAUGAAACGGAAAUAUUGGAGGAUGAUAGGGUGAAAUUUGUACAACAAGGGGUCGUUUAUAAAUUGGUCGUAUCUAAGGUAGACCACGAAGAUAAAGGAAUAUACAGCUUGGAAUUCGAAGGGAAAAAAGUCAAAACACGAGUCAUUAUAAAUGAAAUACCGGUGGAAAAAUUGGAAGAGGUGAACAUUGUAGAAAUCGAAGAGGGAAGUCGAUUAGAUUUAGCAGUCACAUUGCCCCGUAAAGUCGAUACAGUAACUUGGAAGAAGGACGAGACAGAGAUUUUAAAAGACGAUCGAAUAUCCUUCCAACCAGAAGGGGUAGUUCAAAAAUUAGUGAUAUCUAAAGUGGUUCCAGAGGAUAAAGGUGUGUACGCUUUAGAAUUCGAGGGCGAACAAGUUAAAACGGAAGUGGUGGUCAAAGAAAUUCCAACGGAAAAGAUUGAGGAAAUCCAAGUAAUAGAAGUUGAUCAAGGCGCUACACUUGAAAUAACGGUAACUUUAUCUCGCGAAAUAAAGGACGUGAAAUGGAAAAAGGAUGAAACGGAAAUAUUGGAGGAUGAUAGGGUGAAAUUUGUACAACAAGGGGUCGUUUAUAAAUUGGUCGUAUCUAAGGUAGACCACGAAGAUAAAGGAAUAUACAGCUUGGAAUUCGAAGGGAAAAAAGUCAAAACACGAGUCAUUAUAAAUGAAAUACCGGUGGAAAAAUUGGAAGAGGUGAACAUUGUAGAAAUCGAAGAGGGAAGUCGAUUAGAUUUAGCAGUCACAUUGCCCCGUAAAGUCGAUACAGUAACUUGGAAGAAGGACGAGACAGAGAUUUUAAAAGACGAUCGAAUAUCCUUCCAACCAGAAGGGGUAGUUCAAAAAUUAGUGAUAUCUAAAGUGGUUCCAGAGGAUAAAGGUGUGUACGCUUUAGAAUUCGAGGGCGAACAAGUUAAAACGGAAGUGGUGGUCAAAGAAAUUCCAACGGAAAAGAUUGAGGAAAUCCAAGUAAUAGAAGUUGAUCAAGGCGCUACACUUGAAAUAACGGUAACUUUAUCUCGCGAAAUAAAGGACGUGAAAUGGAAAAAGGAUGAAACGGAAAUAUUGGAGGAUGAUAGGGUGAAAUUUGUACAACAAGGGGUCGUUUAUAAAUUGGUCGUAUCUAAGGUAGACCACGAAGAUAAAGGAAUAUACAGCUUGGAAUUCGAAGGGAAAAAAGUCAAAACACGAGUCAUUAUAAAUGAAAUACCGGUGGAAAAAUUGGAAGAGGUGAACAUUGUAGAAAUCGAAGAGGGAAGUCGAUUAGAUUUAGCAGUCACAUUGCCGCGUAAAGUCGAUACAGUAACUUGGAAGAAGGACGAGACAGAGAUUUUAAAAGACGAUCGAAUAUCCUUCCAACCAGAAGGGGUAGUUCAAAAAUUAGUGAUAUCUAAAGUGGUUCCAGAGGAUAAAGGUGUGUACGCUUUAGAAUUCGAGGGCGAACAAGUUAAAACGGAAGUGGUGGUCAAAGAAAUUCCAACGGAAAAGAUUGAGGAAAUCCAAGUAAUAGAAGUUGAUCAAGGCGCUACACUUGAAAUAACGGUAACUUUAUCUCGCGAAAUAAAGGACGUGAAAUGGAAAAAGGAUGAAACGGAAAUAUUGGAGGAUGAUAGGGUGAAAUUUGUACAACAAGGGGUCGUUUAUAAAUUGGUCGUAUCUAAGGUAGACCACGAAGAUAAAGGAAUAUACAGCUUGGAAUUCGAAGGGAAAAAAGUCAAAACACGAGUCAUUAUAAAUGAAAUACCGGUGGAAAAAUUGGAAGAGGUAAACAUUGUAGAAAUCGAAGAGGGAAGUCGAUUAGAUUUAGCAGUCACAUUGCCCCGUAAAGUCGAUACAGUAACUUGGAAGAAGGACGAGACAGAGAUUUUAAAAGACGAUCGAAUAUCCUUCCAACCAGAAGGGGUAGUUCAAAAAUUAGUGAUAUCUAAAGUGGUUCCAGAGGAUAAAGGUGUGUACGCUUUAGAAUUCGAGGGCGAACAAGUUAAAACGGAAGUGGUGGUCAAAGAAAUUCCAACGGAAAAGAUUGAGGAAAUCCAAGUAAUAGAAGUUGAUCAAGGCGCUACACUUGAAAUAACGGUAACUUUAUCUCGCGAAAUAAAGGACGUGAAAUGGAAAAAGGAUGAAACGGAAAUAUUGGAGGAUGAUAGGGUGAAAUUUGUACAACAAGGGGUCGUUUAUAAAUUGGUCGUAUCUAAGGUAGACCACGAAGAUAAAGGAAUAUACAGCUUGGAAUUCGAAGGGAAAAAAGUCAAAACACGAGUCAUUAUAAAUGAAAUACCGGUGGAAAAAUUGGAAGAGGUGAACAUUGUAGAAAUCGAAGAGGGAAGUCGAUUAGAUUUAGCAGUCACAUUGCCCCGUAAAGUCGAUACAGUAACUUGGAAGAAGGACGAGACAGAGAUUUUAAAAGACGAUCGAAUAUCCUUCCAACCAGAAGGGGUAGUUCAAAAAUUAGUGAUAUCUAAAGUGGUUCCAGAGGAUAAAGGUGUGUACGCUUUAGAAUUCGAGGGCGAACAAGUUAAAACGGAAGUGGUGGUCAAAGAAAUUCCAACGGAAAAGAUUGAGGAAAUCCAAGUAAUAGAAGUUGAUCAAGGCGCUACACUUGAAAUAACGGUAACUUUAUCUCGCGAAAUAAAGGACGUGAAAUGGAAAAAGGAUGAAACGGAAAUAUUGGAGGAUGAUAGGGUGAAAUUUGUACAACAAGGGGUCGUUUAUAAAUUGGUCGUAUCUAAGGUAGACCACGAAGAUAAAGGAAUAUACAGCUUGGAAUUCGAAGGGAAAAAAGUCAAAACACGAGUCAUUAUAAAUGAAAUACCGGUGGAAAAAUUGGAAGAGGUGAACAUUGUAGAAAUCGAAGAGGGAAGUCGAUUAGAUUUAGCAGUCACAUUGCCCCGUAAAGUCGAUACAGUAACUUGGAAGAAGGACGAGACAGAGAUUUUAAAAGACGAUCGAAUAUCCUUCCAACCAGAAGGGGUAGUUCAAAAAUUAGUGAUAUCUAAAGUGGUUCCAGAGGAUAAAGGUGUGUACGCUUUAGAAUUCGAGGGCGAACAAGUUAAAACGGAAGUGGUGGUCAAAGAAAUUCCAACGGAAAAGAUUGAGGAAAUCCAAGUAAUAGAAGUUGAUCAAGGCGCUACACUUGAAAUAACGGUAACUUUAUCUCGCGAAAUAAAGGACGUGAAAUGGAAAAAGGAUGAAACGGAAAUAUUGGAGGAUGAUAGGGUGAAAUUUGUACAACAAGGGGUCGUUUAUAAAUUGGUCGUAUCUAAGGUAGACCACGAAGAUAAAGGAAUAUACAGCUUGGAAUUCGAAGGGAAAAAAGUCAAAACACGAGUCAUUAUAAAUGAAAUACCGGUGGAAAAAUUGGAAGAGGUGAACAUUGUAGAAAUCGAAGAGGGAAGUCGAUUAGAUUUAGCAGUCACAUUGCCCCGUAAAGUCGAUACAGUAACUUGGAAGAAGGACGAGACAGAGAUUUUAAAAGACGAUCGAAUAUCCUUCCAACCAGAAGGGGUAGUUCAAAAAUUAGUGAUAUCUAAAGUGGUUCCAGAGGAUAAAGGUGUGUACGCUUUAGAAUUCGAGGGCGAACAAGUUAAAACGGAAGUGGUGGUCAAAGAAAUUCCAACGGAAAAGAUUGAGGAAAUCCAAGUAAUAGAAGUUGAUCAAGGCGCUACACUUGAAAUAACGGUAACUUUAUCUCGCGAAAUAAAGGACGUGAAAUGGAAAAAGGAUGAAACGGAAAUAUUGGAGGAUGAUAGGGUGAAAUUUGUACAACAAGGGGUCGUUUAUAAAUUGGUCGUAUCUAAGGUAGACCACGAAGAUAAAGGAAUAUACAGCUUGGAAUUCGAAGGGAAAAAAGUCAAAACACGAGUCAUUAUAAAUGAAAUACCGGUGGAAAAAUUGGAAGAGGUGAACAUUGUAGAAAUCGAAGAGGGAAGUCGAUUAGAUUUAGCUGUCACAUUGCCGCGUAAAGUCGAUACA